AUGGCACAACCGGAUCCUAGCCAGGGCGUCCCUCAGGACCUUAUGCCCCACGUCCAUCUGAUCUCUUCCUUUCGAUACCCUGUGAUGCCUCGACUUGACCUAAAUGAGGUUGCUAAAUGGCUUAUGGCUGCACCACAAGUCGCGAGAGACCGGGCGCCCUUUUUCUGGACAUAUCUCGAUAAACCUACAGACGGCACGAUACUCUUGACCUGGCAGCCCCUUCAGCGGUUGGGAACGAACUUCGCAACGGAUGGUUAUGUCUGGGCGCCUCCAGAACAGGUUUACAAGCAUGAUCUGGGCAAUGGACUGAUGCUUGAGAUUUACUAUCAGAAAGCUGGUUACAUUCCCGGCGAGCAGUAUGCUCUCCACGCCCGUCGACGAUGCCGACUAGUCCCUAUCCCUGGCCAUCCUAAUCCUCCUCAACCAGACGUCGGCCUCUUCAUUGUGCAUUACGGACCCGCCGAGCCGAAUGACAGAGUUCCUGUCUCCAUGAUUCCCUUUGACGAAAGAGUCAACAGCAUCAUGCAGCAGCGCCACUUUUUGCAGCGCGCUGGCCAGAUUCGUCGCAAGGAAUUCAUGUUAUCCGACCGAGUCAACUGGCCCACCCUGCCUGAUCUCACCCGUCAGCCAGUGCCUCCCCAGAUGGCCCCUCGGGGCGUUCCUCAACAGAUGGCAUAUCCCACACAACCCGCACCGGGUCCUCCUGCUAAACGAGCGAGGCACGCUGCGGGCCAGAGUGGCCAACCCCCCGUACCAGGAAUGCCUCAGCUAGACGCUGCCUUCGACGAUGAAGAGGAUGUUUCGCGGGGAGAUAUGUUUGACCAUCUUACUCCAAGAGAGAUUUCUAUGAGCCGAUACCAGCAGAACCACGAGUGGAUGGAAGAGAUCCUCUCGUCUCCUUAUAGGAUAAGCCAGAUCACCCCUGCCGAUUUAAACCUCGGUUUCAAGGGUGAAUUGGCAUACUUGACCGAAGGCAUUUUUCCCGCGCAAGGAGUUGACGCCUCCAAUUCCGUGCCUGAGAAGCCGUAUAUCGGGCGGCUGGAUCCCGAAAAGGCCGAUGAAUUUCGCAAGCGAGUCCAUAAUCACAUUGAGUCAACCAAGGCCGAGAUAGAGAAGAUGCAGGCCGACCAUGCCGCAGCUCUUGCAAAGUUCAAGGAAACUUCCAUUCUCAGCACAAAGGAGAAGGAGCUCCGAAACACUGUCGAGGGUACAGGCACUGAGAUUUGGCGAAUUGAGGGCAAGGUUAACCCCCACGACGAGGAUGCUGUUGCUCGUCCCGUCAGUUCGAAAACCGUCGAACAGAUAGUGUCUGAAGUCGAAGCUGCUACGGGUAAAAAGGUUGAUACCAAGCCGACGGUAUCUCGUGUUCAAGAUGGAGGUUAUCAGCCACCAGCACCAGAACCCGUUCAGGUUGACGCUUCGCAACUAUCUCGUCAGCCUUCGCAAUCUGGCUCACAGAACAGCGGCAUCAUGAUUGGCGAAUCUGAUAUCGAUAUGGGUGGCACUGCUGCUGGAUUACUGGAUCAGAUGCAUACUGGCGUUUCCAACACCUCGACACCUCUGAACAACUUUGGAACUCCUCAACCUCCAUUGUCAGCGGCUCAGUCUGGGGCCGGAACACCUUCUAAUGCCACCGCAGUUGGUUCGGGCGGUGACGUGACGAUGGGCGGAACUCAGGGACCAAAGGAUCACACAACAGCGCCUGAUCAAGGAACUGGCAGUGGGGAUUGGGUUGUUGUGCCCAAAGAUGGCACUGUGAACGAAGCGAAUCAGGGCACUGGCUCGGAUGCCGUUUCGGUCAACGCAAACACACCCACUACUGCAGGAAUUGAUACUGCCAAGUCAGUGGCUAAAACUGCUUCUGCUGGUGCCACCCCAGCAGCUGGAACACCCGGCGGUUCUGUUUCCUUUGACCAAAACGACUUUAGCUCCCUUGGUGACCUUGACACAGCAGGUGACGCUCUUAACUUUGACGGCCCUACGUUAGACGGUGCAGCAGGCGAGUUGGGUGAGGGUCUAGAUCUCAGCAUGGACAUGGACGAUUCAGCAUUUGGAGACGCUUUUCAUGGCGUCGAAACCUCUGGAACUCCCCAUGGUCAGGAUAUGUAG